GCGUUAUAGGCCAUUUUUUUUGGUUGGUAUGCAUUAAAUAUCUGCUCACAAACAAAAUCUUGAAAACGAUGCAAAUUUUAGAUUUCUACGAGUAAUCUUAAUUACCAUUUUAAGUACCACUAGAGAUUGACAAUGUUAGUGAAGAAUAAAGUUAAGCUCAAGGAUAAGAAUGUGGCCGUGACGUUCGUACCUCAAGAUUCGGAAGAUCUUUGGUAUUUAUACAAUUUACUUCGAGUUGGAGAUACGGUUCAAGUAUUAAGUCAUAGAAAUGUGAAGAAGGGGAACCAAUCCCAAAUACAAAAGGGGAAGAGUAAAAUGGAAAAAGUGCUUGUUAAAUUGAAGUUAUUAACGGAAGAUAUCGAUUAUGUGGCUUCUGAUAAUAAUAUGAGAAUCAGUGGGAAAUCAAUUGAACCCAAUGAAUAUGUUCCAUUAAAUAGUUAUCAUACUGCUGAUGUGGAAUUAAAUAAAGAUUUAACUAUACUAAAGGAAGGAUGGGAUGAAUAUGAUAUGUCAAUCAUUGAUGAUUUAUGUUCAGUUGAAAAGAAAGCAGAUAUAGGAGCAGUGGUAUUACAAGAAGGAGUGGCUCAUAUUUGUUUUAUAACUGAAACUAUGACAGUUCUUAAAGCCAAAGUUGAGAAAUCUAUACCCCGUAAGAAUCCUCAAUAUGGAACAAGAGAUCUUGAUAAAGCUAUGAAUUCAUUUUUAACUAUGGUGGAAGAAACUAUGAUGAGACAUUUUGAUUUUGAUAAUUUGAAAGUUAUACUAUUGGCAUCACCUGGAUUUUUAGCUAAAUCUUUAUAUGAUAAAGUAUUAAUGGAUAGUCAAUCGGGUCAAAAUUCAAAUGAUAAUAAACAAUUUAAUAGUAUUCUCCAGAAUAAAGCUAAAUUUGUGAUAGCCCAUUCAUCAACUGGUUAUUUACAAGGUUUAGAAGAAGCUCUUCAAGAUCCCCAAACUAAAAAGAGACUUAGUGAUACUAAAUUUUCUGAAGAAUCAGAAGCUCUUUCCCAAUUUCAAAAGGCCCUUAAUGAUGAUGAUGAUAGAGCAUGGUAUGGUUUAAAUGAAGUUACAAAAGCUAUCCAUAUGGAUGCAGUGAAAUACUUGAUGGUGACAGAUCAAUUGUUUGCUAAUGAUGAUGUUGAAACUAGAAGAAUGUAUAUCAGCCUUACAGAACAAGUCAAACAACAAGGAAGUAAAGUUUAUAUAUUCUCCAGUUUACAUGAAUCAGGAGUACAAUUGAAUCAAUUAACUGGGAUUGCUGCUCUCUUAAAGUAUCCAGUACCAGAUUUGGACGAUUCUGAAGAUGACGAAGAUGAUGAAGAAUAAAAAGACUUUUAAGUGUACAUAAUGAACUAGUUUUUGAUAGAUCUUAAUUAAUUU